GGAGGCCACCAAGGAAAGAACUUGAUUGGGAGACAGGGGGGUGAAAGAGGAAAGAGAAGGUGAUGAAGAUGAAGAUGAUGGAAGUGUAGUUAUAGAGGGAAGAUUAGAAAAUGAGGAGCGUAUGUCAUCUCUCUUUUGUAACUACAGCGACUUCUUAAUUUAAUCGUUGUGUAUGUGACAAUUAACUCUUGAAACUUGAAACCUGAGUGUGCGUGUGCGCGGCCGGGCACGGCCUCCGGGCUGAUGAUGUCAGGAAAGUGAAACUCAAGGACUCAUGAGCAAGUACUUCAUCAAUCUCACUCGGAUCAUCACUCUCUCACCGGGAUCAUCACUCUCUCACCCUGAUCAUCACUCUCUCACCGGGAUCAUCACUCUCUCACCCUGAUCAUCACUCUCUCACCCGGAUCAUCCCUCUCUCACCCGGGUCAUCCCUCUCUCACCCGGAUGGGGGUGCAGGGCCUGACCUCGCUGCUGGACAGUGACCGGAGGAUCUACCGGGAGCUGGAGCUCCGGGGGAAGCGGCUGGUGGUGGACGGCUGUAACCUGCUGUUCCCGCUCUACCUGACAGGAUCAGGUCUGGACCAGAACCACGGUGGGGAUUAUGCGGCCUUUGAGGAAGAGAUUGAGAAGUUUGUCAGCGCCCUCAGACUCUGUGAGAUCGAGCCGUACGUGGUGAUGGACGGAGGCGCAGACGACACCAACAACAAGCUUGAAACCUUGAAGCAAAGAUAUGAGGAUAACAUCAGGAAGUGCCACCAGGCGGCAGUGGAGGGCACGGAGCAGGGAGUCCUGCCGCUGUGCAGCAAGAUGGUGUUCGUGCAGACGCUGGACCGGCUCCAGGUCCCGCUGGCCCAGUGCUACGGAGAAGCCGACCAGCAGAUCGCCGCGCUGGCCAGCGAGUGGCAGUGCCCGGUGCUUUCCAAUGACAGUGACUUCUUCAUUUUCAAUCUCCCAGCAGGACUGCUGCCCAUCCGGCAUUUCCAGUGGAAGUCACUGGAGCGGAGCGGCUCGCGCUGGUACGUCCCCUGUAGGAGCUACCACAGGUCCCACCUCUGCACCUCCUUCCACAUCGGGUCACAGCUCCUACCCACCUUCGCCGUCUUGGCCGGGAACGACUACGUGAAGUUGUCCAUCAGAUGGGAUCAGUUUGCUCCAACAUGGGGGAGGAAACCACAUCGCCUCAUAGGUCUGCUCUCCUGGUUGAGCGGCUUCCUGACGCCUCAGGCGGCGCUGGAGGAAGCGCUGGGGCUGAUGGGAAACCUGAGCAGCCAGAGGAAGGAGGAGGUGCUGCAGAACCUGACUCUGGAGAUGGAGGCGUACCAGCUGCCUCCCAGCUCCCUGGAGAGUUUCUUCAUCCAUGGGAUCACACCACUGACUCCAGCAGUGGGAGAAGAAGUGGGGGUUCGUGUCCCGGACUGGAUGCGGCGUCCUCUGAUGCAGGCCCAUCUGUCUGGAGACAUCUUGAAUGUUCUGCAGCUGCACAGAAAGGGCCUCAGGAUGCCUGUUGACCACGGAGACAUGCCCAGCGCUGCCCUGACCUCCAGGCCGCUCCGCCAGCUGCUGUACGGGCUGCUGCUGGGCAGAGACACUGGUCUCCUGGUGGAGGAGUGGGACAGAGACGGCCUCAAGCUGGAUCCCAUCCCUGUUCAACCGGACGUCAGAUCAGUCACUCCAGGGCUCGAACUCCGCUCGCUGAACAAGGUGGAGCUAUCCCUGCGCCUGCAGGUGAUUCUUCAGGCCUUGAAGGUGAAGGAGUCGUCUCUGAGCGGCCUGCCGCCUCAGCUGCGCCUCCCGGUGGCCGUCACCUGCUUCUGGCUGCAGAACGCUGAGCCGGCUCCAGACGAGACGCUGCUGAAGUCACUGCUGCUGUGGCUGAGUGACGGAGACGCCCUGAGACACGCAGCAGUGCUGCAGCCUGAAAAUCCACAUCAGGAACCGAAGCUGGACCUGGACGUGGCUCACGCCCUCAACCAGUGGCAGAUGUGCCUGAAGGACAGCGUCCAGCUGAACCACCUGCUGAGCUGCCCCCUCCCCGACCCACACAUCGCACGGUUGUAUGAGGGGAAGCUGGUCCACCGGCUGGUCCACAGGAUGAGGACGAUUGGAGGCCUGAGGGACUUUCUGAAGAGAGAUCUGUACCAAUCUAUGCUGUCUGUCGUCCAGCGCUUCAUCAGAGCACAGGACGAUCCGUCUCUGGACUAUCUGUCUCCUGACGAUCCGUCUCUGGACUAUGUGGUGAUGGUGAAAACUCGAUUCAAAACCAAAGAGAGAAACAACCGAUGCAAAAACCCAGAAUUGAACCGUAAAGAGGAGUCGAGGGGGGGGGACCUCCUCUGAGGCCGUUAUCCACCACGAGUCACCGUCCAACACCAGAGAUCAGAAAAAAUGGUUUUGUAUAAAGCUACAGAAAAACAGGAGAGGCAGAGAUCAGGGGUUAAAAACAAUCUAUAAUCUAUUAUAUCCAUACAGACGAUGAACGACUGCAAAUAAAGAUGGACGACACAAUGCUGCCAUCUUGUGGAAACAACAGAAACAUGAACACGUGAACAAGCAUCAGUGAGAUAAGAACUACGUGAAAUGACAGAAACCAUCCACCGUCUACUUUUUUGGUUUGGUUCAUGUCCCAUCUGGUAACAUGGAGAAGGUUGACCUGUACUGCAGCCAGCCACCAGGGGGCGGUUGAGGAUUUGGCUUCAGUUUUGUGAGCCGUCAUGUCGUCCAUCUUUGUUUACUCGGUCAGUGACGGACACAUGACCCCAUGUUUGUGUCGGUCAGGUUUUCUGGAGCAACAUAAAUGAUCAUGUUACUUUUUCUUAAGUCUGCGUUUCCGACGCUCGGACACAAACCAAAAACAGAUAAAAAAAGACAGUGGUGGGAAGUAACUAAAGGCCGGCCGGGCUUCUGCGUUUUCAGAAACACGCAAGGACACGCAAGCACAAGAGCUCCUUGCAUGUCCUUGCGUGUCCCUUCUUGCGUGCUUGUGUGCGUCGCCCAAUUUUUUUAACUAUAGGACAAAGUUACGCAAGCCUGACGCAGCCCGCAAGGCUGUGAUUGGUCGGCUAACUACAUCCUUUCCGGAGUCACAUUUCGGGUUUCAUGCCGAAUUAUACCGGCAGAAGCCAGGAAGUUUUAGAAGAACGAAUAUGGACCAAAUAGAAGAGUGUUUGACAGAAGAGAUCUGAAAGUAUGACCACUUGUAUAACCCGUCAUUGACGGAAUACAAGGACGCGUAGAUGGCCUGUGACUCCUGGAAGGAGAUCUCGGCUAACGUCGGUUUGAAGGACGACCAGUGUACGAAGCUGUGGAGGAAGAUCAGGGACUAAGACUAAGAGGAGCAGCAGAGCGAAGUAAAUAAACAGUCCACUGCCACAAACAAACAUCUCUAAGGUCGUCUUCAAAAAGAAAAGUUACUCCACCUAGUGUUCUGGAGGUGAAUUGCUUUGCAGCACGCGCAACCAUUGGAGAACCAUAAAUUAAAACAACUGCGUGAAAACUGCAGCCGCAGAACCAUGCGCCGGCCUUUAGUACAAAUACUUCAUUACUGUAAAGAAGUACAAAUACUUUGUUACUCGGCUUAAGUAGAUUUUUCACAUAUGUUUGAUCAGCAUCUGGGGUUAAAAUUUGUCAAAUUAUACAGUAUACGUAUAUUUGUUUUAAUUUUGAAAUAACUGCAUGAAGAGAACAAAUGUUGGUUGUUUUGUGUCUGUAUAGUCUUUAAAAAGUACUUAACAUUUUUUAUUUUGGUACUUGUACUUUUGAUACUUAAGUACAUUUAAUAUGGGCGACAUUUUCAGGGUAGAUAUCUGUACUUUUACUCUAGUAUGACUUUCAAAUACUUUAUACACCACUGAUUAAAAACCUGAGUGAUAAUAAUAA